UUAGACUAGUAUCGGAAGAAGGUGAACUUUUCUUCCCUCGAAGGUGUCUAAUGACGAUGGCGCGGUGUUAUGUUUACACAAGUUAUUUAACAACUUUAAAAAUUUCAUGCAUGUAAUGCUGCGAACAAAGACACGUGUUCCGAGGUAUAGGAAGGAGCUGAAUGCACAAUAGCGCUGGUCGAUUUGGAACGGACGUUGUUUGGUCAGAGUACAUUGCGUUGACUGCGUGUAUCUCCUAUCAGUAAUGAUUCCGAUAGCUAUAGCUCUCUCUCUGUCUGUGUAUAAAUAUAUAUUGAUACGUCCUAUAUCCUAAAAGCCAGAUCGCAUGUGUAACCCUGCGGGCUGAUAUACCGAUUUCUUUUAAUUUAAAAACUUGGCGUACGAGUCGAGAGGUUGCGGAAAUAGUUAAUGACUACUAGUGUUUCCUUUCACAAUUCACAGGAUUUAGUGUGAAAAAAAAUAUAUAUAUUUACUACAAGCCUCAACGAGAUAACAAUUUAAUAGCAUGUAGAAUUCAAUGGGCGCUAUUUUACAACAUGGGAUGUUUAAAGUCUAAAUUUGCGUCCAACAACAAUAAAGAUAAGUACUUAGAGGUUCAACCGGAAGUGCCGACACUGACAGACAGACAGGUCGAAAUCUUAGAAAAGUCGUGGGAUUCCUUGAAGCAUGAUAUUUCAAAAGUGGGAGUUAUUACGUUCAUGAAUUUAUUUCAAACUCAUCCAGAAGUUCAAGAUGCUUUUUUGCCAUUCCAACAACUUUCAAAAGAGGACAUGGAACACAGUGCCAUUUUGAGAUCGCAUGCCUUACGGGUCAUGGGAACUGUAGAGAAAUGCAUUGGGAGGAUCAAAACGCCAGAAAAGUUGGAAAAUCUGAUGCACGAGCUUGGAGAGCGACACACGCAUUAUAAUGCUAGAUAUGACUUUGUGGAUUUGGUGGGAAAUCAGUUCGUAUUAGCCAUAAAGCCUCAUUUUGACAAUCAGUGGACACCGGAAAUAGAAGAUGCUUGGGUACAACUUUUCAAGGUCAUGACCUAUCAUAUGAAAAAGGGAUUAAUUGAUGCUCCUGUUAUAACAUAUUAAGAGUGCGCAACGAAUAUAAGAAGAAAACGCAAGCAUUCCGCUGAGACGUAGAAGAUUUCUUUGUAGAAAUUGACCAAAAUAUCCGCCAGAGAAAAGCCUACCUAACUGUACAUCGAAUCUGACUAUUGUGAUAGUAAAAAAUUGUUUCAGCAACUUGCCUUUACGAUCUCAGUAGACCCCGAUUUUGACCGAAUCACUAUACGUACAACCGAAUAAUAAUAGCCUCACGUUUGUUCAUUUAGUAAAGGAAACAUUUUUAUGUCAAACCAGCAUGCAAAAAAUCAUUACAUGUAUAUUCAUAUCUAAUAAAAAAUGAAACAUGAACUUUAAAAUGCUUUAAAGAUUUAUAAUAAGAAAUGUUUAAGAAAAUUAAUACACAUGUAUAUGUAAAAUAUAUUAAAUGUUGAUGAAAAGAAUAUAAAAUUGUUAAUUUAAUAA